GUUUCUCGUCCGUCAAGGAGCGAUUGUUCUCUUCUAGAGUUCUGUUCUCAUUCUCCGCCUCCUCCGCGCGGCGAUUCGCCGUCGCCAGCUCUCGUUCCAGCCGGUUCCGCUCCCCGUCCAGCUCGCGAUUGAUGUCGCCGAGACUAUGCACCUGGUCUGUGAGAAUGCGAAUCUGGUCGUUCAGGGCUGUCUUUUCCUAUCCCGCAGGUCGACGGGGAAGGGGAGCAUCUCGUUGGUACCAGGGAAGAGGACAGGGCGGACCGGUUUCUGGCAGUCGAAGGUGCGCGGGACAACAGACCCGGGGGCUACGACGGGCAUGCUGGGAAAAGCGGGCAUAACGGGCAUUGCAGGGAGAGUCGGCGGCUUCGG